AAACUUUAGGGGCUCUAAAUUAAAUUAUAUCAACAAAUUGAGUGCCUAAUCGACUCAAUCGCCAAACAGAAGAUUAGCCGGAGAAGAUGGCCGCUCCCGCUCUCAGUCACCGCAUUCUACCGCGUCGAUUUCUCACACCACAGCCGGUAUCUUCAGUUACGUUGGUAGUGCUUGAAUCGAAAAGAUGGUUUCAUCCUACAUUCCCCUCUCUGUUAUCCAUCCACAACAAUCCUCCACACUUUCCCCCAAAUUUUAAUUUUCGCGUAUCUUCAUGCCUUGAUUCUCCUUCGUCAACGCCAAGAACUAGAUUGAAUCCUUCUAAAAGGCUAUUCGUUAGUGGUCUCUCAUUCCGGACAACGGAGGAGAGUCUAAGAAACGCAUUCAAAAACUUUGGUGAACUCAUUGAAGUAAAGUUGGUGAUGGAUAGGAUAGCGAAUCGGCCUCGAGGUUUUGCAUUCCUGCAAUAUAAGACGGAGGAGGAAUCCAAUAAAGCUGUUGAAGGAAUGCAUGGGAAGUUUCUGGAUGGGCGGGUUAUCUUUGUUGAGGCAGCAAAGCCUAGGGCCGAACAUGGGCAAGAGACGAAGCAGCAGAGCCCCAGGCAGAGGUGAAGAUGAUACCAGUGCUUGGCCGGGCCAGACAAGGCGACAGCGUGCUGAUCAGAAUGUCGUCACGCCCCACUUGUGAUCAAGGUGUAUAUGAUGAGGUUAAGUGUUACAUCUUUGCCUUCUCCAUGUUCUUCACAACCUUGUUCGAUUACUCCUACAUUGUAAUUGCAUUCAAAUAUUACUUCACCAAUGUAUCCAAAACUAAUAUAACAGGCUAGUAUGACUGCAUUUGUCGACUAAA